UUCUAAAACCCUAUCAAGCAAUGGGAUUUUAUAUUAGCAGCUUGCUGAUAUGCGUAUUCUUAGGCAUAGUUCGAUUCGCAAGUGCAGGCACAUACAGUUCAAGUUAUGAGGCACAUAGAAAUUACUUGCUUAACAUUUUUCACAAUCCAUUUGUGAAUGACUCCAUUAAGGAAAGAAAUAUUCCGGAGCUAAUCGCUUUCUAUCAUCGCUAUCCCACAGAGGUUCCUCUAUCCGACGAAGACAGGCAGCAAUUUGAAAGGUUUAUUCAUGACUACAGAGAAUACCGGAGAGUUUUGAUUGAUGGUGUUCCACCUCAAGGAGGAAGUUUUGGAAAUAUAUUCGGACAUUUCCUAGGCAGAGUCGGAACGCGGUAUAUUUUGUCUCUGUUUAAUAAGCAAAGGGAGGAAGGCCUAUCCAACCAAGCUACAAAUUCCACAAUACCACCUUUAAGGAUUCAAUACUUAACUAAAUUAUCAUGAUCUAUAACAUAUCUUGCCUCAUGUACUUUCAUGCUAUUGAUACUUUCUGGAUCUUAAAAGUGUUGACAUGGUCAUUUUGAAAUUGUAAACAUUAAUUCUUGCUUGCAAACCUUUUGAAAUCGAUUUAUAAAUAAACUAAUUAAUACCA